AUGCUGUGGAGUGUGGUGAUCUGGCAGAGAGGCCUGCUGAGGAAAGGUUACAGUAUCUGUCACGGCACGGCGGGCAACGCCUACUCCUUCCUCAGCCUCUACCAGGUCACCCAGGAGAAGAAGUACCUCUACCGCGCAUGCAAGGUAGCGCAACGAGUGUGUUUGUGUGUGUGUGUGUGGUGCGACUGUGUGUGUAGAAUUGCAUCUCUUCCUUUGUGCCACUACCCCUCUUCAAUAUAUGCAUAAGUCUCCUUUUCCUUGCUAUUGUCAUGGAAACAAAUGUGUGUGUGUGUGUGAGUGUGUGUGUGUGUGUGUGUGUGUGUGUGUGUGUGUGUGUGUGUGUGAGAGAGAGAUGCAGGGUUCUGGAGCUCCUAGUUGCUGCAGCAGUAGUGUCCUCCUUCAGAUCGAUUCAUCUGUGUGAAUAAUGGGGGAAGGAAGGACACACCCACACAUACGCUACAGUACACCAGUACACUACACUACACUACACUACACUACACUACACUACACUACACUACACUACACUACACUACACUACACUACAGUGCACUACACUACACUACACUACACUACACUACACUACAGUGCACUACACUACACUACACUACACUACACUACACUACACUACAUUACACUACACUACACUACACUACACUACAUUGCACUACACUACACUACACUACAUUACACUACACUACACUACACUACACUACACUACACUACACUACACUACAUUGCACUACACUACACUACACUACACUACACUACACUACACUACAGUGCACUACACUACACUACACUACAUUACACUACACUACACUACACUACACUACACUACACUACACUACACUACACUACACUACAGUGCACUACACUACACUACACUACACUACACUACACUACAUUACACUACACUACAGUGCACUACACUACACUACACUACACUACACUACACUACAGUGCACUACACUACACUACAUUACACUACACUACACUACACUACACUACACUACACUACAGUGCACUACACUACACUGCACUACACUACACUACACUACACUACAGUACAGUACAGUACACCCUAUGUGUUCUGGGCCUCAUAUCUCCAGUGCUCUGUGUUUAACCCUGUGUGGGCUGAGGGGUGUCUGGACUACGGAACCCACGGCUGCAGAAUUCCGGACAGACCGUACUCUCUGUUUGAAGGUAAAACUUAA